AUAUUUAUUAUCAUGUCCCUUGUUCACUUCCACUACGACCCUUUCACCGAGUUUGAGCGCCUCUUCGACGAUGCGUUCAGCGCUCGCUUCCGCCCCUCUGAUGUUGCUGGCGGCCGGGCCUUGGAAAGUGGCUCUCGCCUCGGGACAUUCCGCCCGAAGAUGGAUUUAGUGGAGGGCAAAGAGAAGAAUGAAGUCACGGCUAUGUUUGAAUUGCCUGGUUUGGGUCCAGACCGUGUCAACAUUGACGUGCAGCAGAACCGCCUCACCGUCUCAGGGGAGAUGUCGACCGCUGAGGAACGCAAAGAGGGGGACUACGCCGUGCGUGAGCGCUCAUAUGGAAAGUUCUCUCGUACCUUGCAACUGCCUGUGGGAACUAAGCCUGAAGAUGUCAAAGCAGAGAUGAACAAUGGAGUCUUGAAAGUUACUUUCCCGAAAGUUGGAAAGGAGCAGGCGCCCAAGAGGAUUACUGUCGAACCCACCACAAAACAAGUUCCUUAAAGUGUUGAUACUGAGAUCUUCCCUGACAGCUUGUACAAUAGUAAUCAAUGAAUCGUUUGGGC